UUUCAGUUGUGCCGCCCGUGCUGUACAUAGACCGGACAGAGACAAACAAUUCCCACUAUACCAAGACAUUGGAGCUAUACAAUUUAAUUAACAUUAAACAAACAGUUGUAAAUAAUAAGGCAAUUCUAUCAAAGGAUAUCCGAGGCCUUACCAGACAUGAACAACAAAAACCCAGACGAAUUAAAAAGAAUCCGGAUUGGAGUUUAUUUCAAUAAUUGUCUUACGCGGCCGUACACAGCAGCAGCAGCACAGAUACAGUAUACAGUGUUACAAAGGUGAAAAGUGUCGCCAAAUUGAUAACUAAUGUAGUAAGCAGAAACAGACACCUUCAUGCCACGUGUAUAUAUUAUAAAAUAAGAAGAGCAGCGGCUGUUGUCACUGAUGCUGUCCUUCCCGUAACACUGUGUUGUGCUGUGCAGUGUGUACCAGGGUCAGUGUGUACCAGUGGUAAGAUGAUGCUGCCCUUGUACAGGCUUGGGAGAUGUCGUCCAUCAUUAUACAGUUUAAAGGCCAAUCUUUUUGAGUCAGCUUCAUCUCGAAUUAUACCUAUAAGUGCAACUGGUGGAGCUGCCCAACUCUUCCAUACCUCUCCUAGUUACAAGUUCAAAGAGAACAAAACAACUACUGAUUUGGCAAUAUUAGACAAUGUUAAACAGGUUCGACACUCUCCAACCCCUGCAUUGGCCCUUGGAUUUUCAGGACUUAUACCCUUCGUAGCCGCUCCUGUCUAUAUGAUAACGACUGGGGUGUUUGAACCAGAUAUUGCCCAGGCACAGCUCUUUUAUGGGGCCUCCAUUCUGUCCUUCUUAGGUGGUGUGCGAUGGGGAUUAACACUGCCAGAAGUUAGCUCACAACCUCCAGAUUGGCAUAACUUGGGAUACAGUGUUACUCCUUCACUUAUUGCUUGGCUAGGACUUUUAGCUCCUCACUCUGUUGGGGUACUGACUGUUAUUACUGGACUUGGAUUUACUGGGUAUAUGGAUUUAGCUAUGUGGGGUUACCCUAACUGGUUUAAGGGUAUGAGAUUUUGCCUUACAUUUGUUGCUGUGCUUUCACUGUGGACUAGUUUUAUAAUAAAGUACAUAUUGGAUGAAGCUCAGACAGACAAGGAAUCUGUAAAAAGUGUAUCACAAUAGAAUAAUCGAUAUCUUCAAUAGUUAGUUAUGUAUUAUAAAUAAAUAUGUACAGUAAUA